GCUGGAAGAUUCGUUUGUUGGGUGCAGUGAAGGCAACGCUGAGCUCCGUGAAUUCAGUGUUCUGAGGCCGAUUUCCUAAUCAGUGUCCACGCCCACACUCGAAAAUAAAUCGGAAAAUCCAAACUGGGAAAUAGUUACGAUUGCAUGUCAGUCGCCUCCGGUCGCCGUGACCCAUGGACGACAGCGGCGCCUCGGAACCCAUGCUGAGCGCGUCGGGUCAGGUUGCUGUGCUGAUUGAGGAGAACCAACAAGAUGGCGGCGACACGGAAUCGGAGGCUCUUCCCCUGGAAAUAUUUCGAGAAGAACAGCUAGGAGCGAGGGCAUCUAGACCGAAACACUCUUCAGUUCGAUAUACGAAUAUUGUCAAGACAAACAUGCAUCAAGCAGCGGAGGUAGGAGAUGUGAACCGUCUCCAACAGCUGCUACAAGAACGACCGGAACACCUGAGCCAGCAGGACGAAAACGGCCACGUCCCCCUCCACUUAGCUGCUAGAGGAGUACAUCUCAAGUGCUGCCAAAUACUUCUGGAUGUCAGCAUCAAGGAAGUUAACAUGAAAGAUAAACUGGGCAACACUCCCCUUCUGUUGGCGCUCACCACCGGCGACGUCUCCUUCAAGAUCGCCGAGCUGCUGGUGUCCAAGGGAGCCUCCGUGAAGACUGCCAACCGAGCUAAGCGAACGGCCUUGCACCUGGCAGCAGAGAAAGGCAACGACAAAAUCCUCAAGCUCCUCGUCAACAACUGCCCGGAGAGCGUCCAUGCAAGGGAUACCGAGCAGCAGACGCCUCUCCAUCUGGCGGCUCGCUGGGGUCACGUGGCUUCCUGCCAGCUGUUGGUGGGUUAUGGGGCAGACAAGGAGGCCAAAGACACGCGUGGGUACACUGCUCUGCACUGGGCUGCCAAGAUGGGCUUUGCAGAGUGUUGUAGUCAGCUGCUCAACUCCGGGUCUGAGGUAAACUGUGUGGACAAGACCGGUAAUACCCCACUGCACCUGAUAUGCUCCUCAUCAAAGGAAAAACCUGAUUGUGUUGAGGUUCUGUUUAAAUUUGGGGCUUCUCCUGCUAUACAGAACAACAAGGGAGAGACGCCUUUCCACUGUGCGCAGUAUUCGCCCGGUGAAGUAAGAAAAUUAUUCGAAACCCUUUCAGAUAUUGACCUAUUCAUUACUGAUAACAAGGGCAAGACUGUUCUCCACUGUGCUGCAGAAAGAAAGAAAAGCAGAAAUGUUGAGUUUAUAUUGGUAAUGGCAAAAUCCCAAAACGUUAACAUGAAGCAGUUUGUAAACAUGCUAGACAAUGGAGGCAAGACUGCUUUGCAUGUUGCCAUAGAGGGUGGGGAUUUGGAGUGUUGUAAGUCCCUGGUCAAAGCCGGUGCUGACGGCAACCUGGUGCUAGGAGCUCGAGGUACGUCCUUGCACUUAGCUGCCGAGAAUGGUCUCCGGGAGGUCUGCGAUUAUCUGAUCACCAGAGGCAUUAAGACGGACACGCGAAACAGCAGCUUGAUGACCCCUCUUCACCUCGCGGCCAAGAAUGGCCACGCCAGCUGCUGUGAAGUUCUGCUGAAGCGAGGUGUUCCGUGGGCUGUCCAUGACGACCAGGGUAUGACUGCUCUCCACCACGCCGCCAGGGAAGAGCGGGCAGAGUGCUGUAAGAUUAUCGUAGCACUACAGCCGUCAGCAGUGACGAAGAUGGAUAAAGCUUACCAGACACCUUUGCACCUCGCAGUCGAGAAGAACUGCUUGGAGUGUUGCCAGGCCCUUGUCACUCCUCGUUCAGAUGUUUGGUACCACAGCAAUGGUGUAAGCCCUGUCAAAUAUGCGUAUGAGAAGCGCUUUCAUCAGAUCUUCGAUUUUCUUCUAGGCACAGAGAAUGUGGAGAAGAAGAAGCGAAGCGAAAGAGAUAUUGAUUUCCGCGAUCUUCUUGAAGAAUCACUUGAACACUUAAACAGUUCCUCUGAAGACAAAGACAGCGAAGCUCACAGACGCAUAGCGAAGGCCAUCAUCAACAGCUGCUUCUGGGAGGAGUCGCUCAAAUCCUAUGGCACUCCAGGAGACCUGACCCCGCCCCAGAAACAAAAGAAUGGCAACUUGAGACUCCUUGUCAAGUACCUGCCCGAUGUGGCAAAGAUGGCAUUGGAUAAAUGUAUGGCAACAGAUGGCUACAUGGAGGGAGGUUGCCAACGGGGGUACAUCGUGCGGUACUUGGAUCAAGAACACUUUAUCGGAGUCAACCCCCGAAAAAGCAAGGGCACCUACACCCCAAGUGUCUCAGGAGAACAGCUGACGCAGGGCGUGCGUGUGGGGGGCGUGAGUCGAGAGUGGCGGCAGGACCACGUGUUAGCCUGGAUGACUCGCUACGGACACCACGAACUCCUUCAGCAUCCUCUAGUGACGCGCUGGCUCAACUACAAGUGGCAGUCCUACGUGAGGUGUGGCCUCUACAUCCGCAUCGGCCUCGCCUCGGUCCUGGCUGUGCUGCUCACCGUCUUCACUGCUGUUUCGUGGGACUGGAGCUACCUGAAGCAACAAUACAACUACACACAAGCCAUGGUCUGUGUUUUCGGAUCCGAGAAAAUUGUUGGCCCGGAAGUAGUAAAAAUGCUGCGACAAGAGGGCCACUCUCCUCUCGUCCUCAGUUACGUCGUCGUUGCUUUAAUCGCUUUAUGGGCGAUGCAUGAUUUAUAUAGCUUUAUAAUGCUGAGGAAAAAAUAUUUUACCAAAGAGAGCGUUACCUUCCUUCUGUGUGCAAUUGCAACUGUGGCUUUCGUCAUGAAUUUCAGUCAGUGUUCGCAACUGACGUACGUCAGAGAGGACGAGCAGUGGGUGGUGGGCCUGCUGGCCAUCUUCCUGGCCUGGCUCCACGUGUUCCUCCUGACGCGCCGGCUGCCUAUCUGCACGCCCUUGCUCUUCCGCCUGAAGCUCCUGAUCGACAUGGCCCUGAAGGUGGCCGUGCCGGUCGUGGCCGUGGGCAGCGGGAUUGUGGCCGCGCACUGGAUCGCCGCGAAGGGCGAACUCGCCUACAACCAGAACUGGUCGUGGAUUUCGAAGGUCGUGUCGCAUCCUGCGGUGAGCGUCAGCUCCCUGGUGGUCGUGACCGUCAUUCUGUGUAUUCUCCUGAUGAACGAAGGAAGGAAGAAGGAGAUGGAGAAGUACAGGAAGAGGCGCCGUGUGGCCUUCGUGGACAUGAUCCUCAACUUCGACCUCCUGUACCCGUGCCUGCGAAGGCGGUACUACGUGACGUGGAUCCCCCAGAAGCCGCUCAGGCGAAGGAGCGGGCUCUGCGGGCGGGCCGACAGGUGCUGCGCGGCCGGCGACCCUCUCGACGAUGACGCGACGGAGGCGAAGUCGCCGGAGGUGGCGACAGGGAAGACGGAAGCUCUUGAGGCGAAGCUGGACGCCCUGAAAGGUGCCGUAGAGAAGCAGGAGCGCGAGGUCGCUGCGCUUCUGAAGCAGCUGAACGAUUCAGUGGAGAGGCUGAGCCAGCAGGCGCUCUGCGGCGAGGGAGAGCGGAAGAGGAGGACUGAUUACAUGGAGUUCCUGGCAAAAUGUACUACAGUUGCAGGAGCAUACUACACUUCACUGCUACAGAAGGCUAUAAAAAACAAGAGGAGUAGAAGGUUGACCAAAGGUGUCCGCCUCCUACAAGACAAUGCCCCUGUUCACAAUUAUCACACUGGCCAGAUGGAAGGAAAACGUCUCCAAGAAGAUAAGGCACUGAUUUCUGGAGUCACUUCAUGGCUACAAACACAAUCUGCAGACUGCAAUAAGCAAAGAGUCCAUAGCUCGUUUCGAUGGGAGAAGCGUGUCCCUCUUGGUGGUACCUAUACGGAGAUGCACGAGGCAGCGGAGGCGGGCGACGAGAACCGGCUGCGUCGCCUUCUUGAGGAACAGCAAGACGACGUCAGCAAGCAAGACGAAAACGGCCUCACGCCCCUCCAUCUGGCCGCUAAGAAGACACGCCCUCGGUGCUGUCAGGUCCUCCUUGACGUCAGCCACAAGGAAAUCAACGUGAAGGACAGAUCGGGCAACACGCCCCUGUUACUCUGCGUCUCACAUAACCUAGAGUCGUUCGAAACGGCUAAACUGCUCGUUUCGGAGGGCGCCAACGUCAGUUUCUCAAACAAAGCAAAGCUAACCGCUCUGCACACUGCGGCCGAGUGUGGAAACCUGGAAGUCCUCCAGCUUCUCCUGCAGCAGAAAGACAUCGCGCUAAACCCGGAGGAUUCAGAAGGGCACACCCCCCUCCACCUGGCGUCCAAGGCGGGCCACUGGAAGGUCUGCCAAGCCCUUGUGCUGGCCGGUGCGAGCGUGGCAGCUCGCAAUGUGCGCGGUCAGACGGCCCUGCACAUCGCCGCAAAAAUGGGCUUCUCCGAGUGCUGUAAACAUCUGCUUUCAGCGGGAGACGUCAACAGCGCCGACGCGCAGGGUAACACUGCCCUGCACUUGCUGUGCGCUUCGGGGAAGAACAGUCCUGAGUGCGCCAGGGUGCUGUUCGAGGGAGGGGCGAGUGCGGACUCGAAGAACAAGAAAGGAGAGACGCCGUUCCACGUGGCACAGCAUUCGCGCUUCGAUGUGAAAAAGACUUUCCAGCACCAAGAGGUAGAUCUGUUCCUUCAAGACGUCAGCGGGAAUACGGCCUUGCACUACGCUGCGGGCAGGCGGGAGUCGAAACACGUGGAACUCAUACUGCUGAUGGCCCGGGAGAGGGGCGUGGACGUGGGGCGACUGGUGAACACCACGAACGGAGCUGGGAAGACGGCUCUUCACGUGGCCAUCGCGCGAGGAGAGAGGGAGAGCUGCAGGGCGCUCAUACAGGCCGGGGCAGAUGGCACGAUAUCCUGCGAAUCCUUAGGCACUCCGAUCAGCAUGGCAUCGCAGAGGGGCCUGCAAGACAUAUGUGACCUCCUUGCAGAAAGGUAAAUAAAAAACAUUACGUUGGCCACAUAUUAA